AUGAAUGAUAAAAGGAGAGCUUGUUUAUUUAUACAACCUUGCAAGGGACAGACCGAGAGGGAUAGAGAAAAAGACGUGAAUGAUAGACAACUCGAAAAUUCCUCAGCAAAUGCACCACUAAUAUUAGAUGUGGUGGCCUUUGGUUUGUCCAUUGUCGGGCUUUGCUUUGUUGAAUUUUCACGAUUAUUUUUUAUACCGACGACAAUUAAAGAGAUGAGCAGUACUACUACUACUACGACUACUAAUAUAAAGAGAGAUGAUACUAGAUUAUCAAAUCAAAUAAGACCAAUUGAAUCUGAACAAGCUUUGUUAAAUAAAGCUGAUGGUUCUGCUAAAUUCUCUCAAGGUAAAUCAUCAGUAUUGGCAGCAGUAUAUGGACCUAUAGAUGUAAAGACUGCUAGAAAGGAGAAAAUAUCAAAAUCGGUUGUAGAUGUAUCAUUCACACCUGCAACUGGUAACACUACCUAUUUUGACAAGGAAAGAGAAAUGUUGGUUAGAAAUGCUGUUGAAAGUAUCAUUCUUACUUUAUUACAUCCAAGAACUCAAAUCAAUGUUAUCGUUCAAGUUUAUUCAAAUGAUGGUUCUAUUAUAAGUUGUGCAAUCAAUGCAUGUUGUUUGGCAUUACUUGAUGCUGGUAUUGAAUUAAAUUGUUUAAUCAGUUCAAUUACACUUUCUUUUACACAUGAUAAUCAAAUCUAUUUAGAUCCAACUCAAAAAGAAGAAAAUAAUUCAAAAGGAUUAGCAGUAUAUGCUAUCAAUAGUAAAUCAGAGAUUGUAAUGACAAAGACAACUGGAAUCAUUGGUGAAUCAUUAUAUUUCCAAGGAUUAAAUAUUGCUAAACAAUCUUGUGAAAAGGUGUCUGCAUACACUAGACUGGCUGUUAGAAAUAGAAUUAUGGGUGAUCAAACUCAACCAUCCACCACAACAACCAAUACUAAUAAUACUUUGGUUGAAGAAUCAAAAGAUAAAGAAAUGAAAGAUUCUUCUUAA